AUGGAUAUCCGGACAAAGACGUAUCAUGUUGUUAGACGGAAAGCAGCAAUUGUCAUCGAAUACCUCAUGAGUCUGUGCAUCGCUGAUAUCACAGGUUGUGACACCAUUCUCUUCCUGUACUGUCGACACAAUGAGACCUGGACUAUUUCACAUUACUUGGGCUCCUUGAUUGAGCAGAUGUUUACCGAUUACAGGCACCUUACAUCGGUUGAAGAGCAUGUCCAUAAACUAUAUGAUGUGCAUAAAACACGACGAAGCUAUCCUUCAAAAACAGUAUUGAUUACCGUACUUUCCAACAUGAUUCUGUGCUUCAGGAAUGUUCGCAUUGUUCUGGAUGCUCUGGACGAGUUAUCGGAUCGUGACCAAGUCGAGCUCAUUUCUAUUCUCAGAGCCCUUCCGGUGUCAUUAUUCUUCACGUCACGAAUCAUUGGUUUAGAGAUUUUCAACCUUCCAGAUGACACCAUACACAUGAGCAUUGGAGAACAGAAUCAGGUGGAUAUACGGCUGUUUUUACAUGAUACCAUCCCACGGACAGCCAGUGUCGCUCGAACAGUUCGCCAAAAUAAAGAGUAUUUGGAGGAAAUAUGUGAUAAGAUAUUGACUACCUCCAAUGGGAUGUUCCUACUUGCGACGCUGAAGUCACAGUCCCUAGAGGGUUACACCACCAUGACUAGUUUGACAAAUAGCCUAGAUGGACUCCCCGACGAUAUACAAUCAAUGUAUCUCUCCCUGAUGGACAGUAUUAAUUCCCAAAAGGGGGAAUACCCAUCAUUUGUAAAACGUGCCAUGACUUGGAUCAUGUAUGCGCGUCGCCCCCUGACCGCCUCUGAGCUGCAGCACGCGCUUGCUAUUCGGGAUGGGGAGAACUCAUUCAACACAAGAGACAUUCCUACUCAAGAUCUGUUUACCACUCUCUCCUGUGGUAUUAUUGAAAUUCAACCAAGAAGUCAAACUGUUCGUCUCGUUCCUUACGAGUUCUUGGAUGGUCACCCUGACACGCUGCUCCAAACUCCACAUUUCUUUAUUGCAAAGAGUUGCAUUACUUAUCUCACAGCCUUCCGCUUCACCACUCUGGGAAAGAUGUCAUAUGCUGCCUUUGAAGCUCUAGUAAAAUCUCAAGACGCUCCUUUACUUGAGUAUGCAUACCAGAACUGGGUAUUUCACGUUCGUGAAUGUGGCGAGGACUCAUAUCCGACUGAGACAGUACACAAUUUUAUCCUCAAAGUUCCCAAUUAUCCACUUUUCGACUCUCGUAUCGGUUUCAGUUGGAUAAAUCCCGGCCAUGUCAUUGCUUACUACAAUUUACGGGUACAGGUUCCUUGGGAUAUUUUUUGUGAAUCACGGACAACGAAAAAACACACCGCCCUCACACUCGCUGCAUUGAAUGGGUGUACUAGUGUGGUCGCGUCAAUUCUGGCGUGUAAGCAAAUAGACGUCAACGCGCAGACAAAGAGCGGAGAUACUGCACUCAUUCUCGCCUGCAAGGAAUUUAGGCCAUCAAUCCAUCGUUGA